CAUGUCCGGGAGAAACAACAACAAGCUGCCCAGCAAUCUUCCGCAGUUACAGAAUCUGAUCAAACGGGACCCGCUGUCUUACAUCGAAGAGUUUCUACAGCAGUACAAUCACUACAAAUCCAAUGUGGAGAUUUUCAAGUUACAACCAAAUAAGCCCAGCAGAGAACUGGCAGAGCUGGUGAUGUUCAUGGCACAGAUUGGACACUGCUAUCCAGAACAUCUCAGUAACUUUCCUCAAGAACUGAAAGAUCUGCUCUCUUACAAUCACACUGUCUUGGAUCCUGAUCUUCGAAUGACAUUUUGCAAAGCGUUGAUCUUGCUGAGAAAUAAGAAUCUCAUCAAUCCAUCAAGUUUGCUAGAGCUCUUCUUUGAACUCCUGCGUUGCCAUGACAAGCUUCUGCGAAAGACUUUGUACACUCACAUUGUGGCUGAUAUCAAGAACAUAAAUGCAAAACACAAGAACAAUAAAGUCAAUGUAGUUUUGCAAAACUUUAUGUACACCAUGUUGAGAGACAGCAAUGCAACAGCAGCUAAGAUAUCUUUGGAUGUGAUGAUUGAACUCUAUAGAAGAAACAUUUGGAAUGAUGCCAAAACUGUCAAUGUUAUCACUACUGCAUGUUUCUCCAAGGUCACCAAGAUAUUAGUUGCUGCUUUGACAUUCUUCCUAGGGAAGGAUGAAGAGGAGAAAAAGGAUAGUGACUCAGAAUCUGAGGAUGAAGGACCAACAGCAAGAGACCUUUUAGUGCAGUAUGCCACAGGGAAGAAAAGCUCCAAAAAUAAGAAAAAAUUGGAAAAGGCUAUGAAAGUACUCAAGAAACAAAAAAAGAAGAAAAAACCAGAAGUGUUUAAUUUUUCAGCUAUUCAUUUGAUUCAUGAUCCCCAAGAUUUUGCAGAAAAACUGCUAAAACAAUUAGAGAGCUCUAAGGAGAGAUUUGAAGUGAAGAUGAUGCUCAUGAACCUUAUUUCCAGAUUGGUGGGAAUUCAUGAGCUUUUCCUCUUUAACUUCUAUCCCUUUGUACAAAGGUUUCUGCAGCCUCACCAAAGAGAAGUAACAAAGAUCCUUCUGUUUGCUGCACAAGCAUCUCAUCACUUGGUACCUCCAGAGAUCAUUCAGUCAUUGCUCAUGACUGUGGCCAACAAUUUUGUUACUGAUAAGAACUCUGGUGAAGUUAUGACAGUAGGGAUCAAUGCUAUAAAAGAGAUAACAGCUCGAUGUCCUCUCGCCAUGACCGAAGAACUUCUCCAAGACCUCGCUCACUAUAAAACACACAAAGAUAAGAAUGUAAUGAUGUCUGCUAGAACUUUGAUUCAGCUAUUCCGAACACUGAACCCUCAGAUGUUGCAGAAGAAGUUCCGGGGUAAACCUACAGAGGCUUCAACAGAAGCAAGAGUGCAAGAAUAUGGAGAAUUAGAUGCUAAAGAUUACAUCCCAGGGGCAGAAGUUCUUGAUGUUUUGAAAGAAGAAGAAGAAACUGCUGAAAAUGAUGAAGAUGGUUGGGAAAGUGUGAGUCUCAGUGAGGGGGAAGAUGAUGGUGACGGUGAAUGGAUUGACGUGAACCACUCUUCUGAUGAAGAACAGCAAGAAAUUGCCAAGAAGCUAAACAGCAUGCCCAUAGAGGAGCGCAAAGCCAAAGCUGCCGCCGUUAGUACUAGUCGGGUUUUAACUCAGGAAGACUUCCAGAAAAUCCGGAUGGCCCAGAUGAGGAAAGAACUCAGUGCUGCCCCUGGAAAAGCAGAAAAGAGGAAAUAUAUUGAAAUAGACAGUGAUGAGGAGCCAAGGGGUGAGUUACUUUCACUUCGAGACAUUGAACACCUUCAUAAAAAGCCGAAGUCUGACAAGGAAACAAGAUUAGCAACUGCAAUGGCUGGGAAGACAGACCGAAAAGAAUUUGUGAGGAAGAAAAUGAAAAUAAAUCCAUUUUCGAGUUCCACAAAUAAAGAGAAGAAAAAACAGAAGAACUUUAUGAUGAUGCGGUAUAGUCAGAAUGUCCGGUCAAAAAACAAGCGUUCCUUCAGAGAAAAGCAGCUGGCACUACGAGAUGCACUUUUGAAAAAGAGGAAAAGAAUGAAGUAA